AUGCCUUCCUUAAAAGAAGACGUAUCCAUCGGAAACUUAGGCAGUCUCCAAACACUCCCUGACUCAUUCACCUGGAAAUUCACAGCUGCCGACUCCGCUCUCCCUCUCUCCUCCUCCGCAGUGGAAGAGUCCAUUCCGGUCAUCGACCUCUCCGAUCCUGACGUCAUCACUCUGAUAGGAAAUGCGUGUAAAACGUGGGGAGCGUUUCAGAUAUCCAACCACGGGAUUCCUCAGAAGCUCCUCAACGAUAUCGAGUCUCUCUCGAAAACCCUUUUCGAUAUACCAUCGGAGAAGAAGCUCGAGGCGACUUCCUCCGAUAAAGGAGUUAGUGGCUAUGGGGAACCUCGAAUUGCUUCUUUCUUCGAGAGGAAAAUGUGGUCCGAAGGGUUCACAAUCGCUGAUGGCUCUUAUCGCGACCAUUUCCUUACUCUUUGGCCCCAUGAUUACACCAAAUACUGUGGAAUAAUCGAAGAAUUCAAGGGCAAAAUGGAAAACUUAGCGAGCAGGCUUCUGUCUUGGAUAUUGGGCUCGCUUGGUGUCACCGUUGACGACAUUGAAUGGGCUCAGAAGCUUGAGAACUCUGGGUCAAAAGUGGGCCGAGGCGCCAUACGACUAAACCAUUACCCGGUUUGUCCAGAGCCAGAACGUGCCAUGGGUCUAGCGGCUCACACCGACUCCACUAUCCUAACCAUUCUGCACCAGAGCAACACGGGAGGGCUACAAGUGUUUAGAGAAGAGACCGGUUGGGUUACGGUAGAACCGGUUCCUGGUGCUCUCGUGGUCAACAUCGGCGACCUCUUUCACAUUUUGUCGAACGGUAAAAUCAUGAGUGUGGUUCACCGAGCUAGAGUUAACCAAAUCCGGUCAAGAAUUUCGAUUGCGUACUUGUGGGGUGGUCCAGCUGGUGAUGUGGAGAUAAGACCAAUACCCAAAAUAGUUGGUCCGGCUGAAUCGGCUCUAUACCGGCCAAUCACUUGGAAUGAAUAUCUCCGCAUAAAAUAUGAGGUUUUCGACAAGGCAUUCGACGCAAUUAGGGCCGUUAAUCCCACCAAUUGA